CUUGUGGUGGUAGUCAUUUUUAUUUUGUUUAUUUGGUACCCUUGAUUGGAGAAAAUGUAAAACAAGCAAUUGUUGGAGAAUUUUCUUCUCUUGUAGCAAUUAUACGAAAUUAUGAUAGAGUACAAAGAGAAUCAGACUUUAUUUGUACUGGAUCACUGAUCACGAGAGAGCAUGUUUUAACUGCGGCCCAUUGUAUGAAGAGGAGACUGCUGAAUGAAACUGCAGUGAUUGUUGGAUCAAUAAAUAUUAGAAAUGGUACAAGAUACUAUCCGAUAUGGGCAGUUGACUACUUUCAAUGGUCUACUAGCCGAAAUAAACAAUUUCGUGAUCAAAUGGAUGAUGUUAUUAUUAUGAAAUUAGGAAUGAAUGUUCCCGAUAAUAUUAUAAUACAUUCUCUUGCAUCAGUUCCUAAAGAAAAUUCAUACGGAUUAGAAAUUGUGGCAGCAGGAUGGGGCAAUACAAUUCACAAAGUAACUCCUCAAAUUUUACAUACAGCCAAAAUGCAGGUUAUAUCAAAUGAAGACUGCGCAAUUAGACUUGCAAGUCUUCUUGGAAUAUUAGUCAAUCUUCCUGAAAAGUUUAUGUGUAGUAUUGCUGAGCCAUAUGUGCUAAUGCAUUCUGGUGAUAGUGGCUGUCCGAUUUUUUUUAAUGAAGAAAUUAUAGCUAUUCAUAAGACGACCAUUCCAUUUCCGGAUCAACCUACUGUUCCUUCCUCAAAAAUCAACGUCCACAGCACUAUUGAUUAUUAUAGAGAUUUUAUUUUAGAUAUUAUAAAUAGUGAGCGCGAUUGGUAGUAAGAAAUAAAUACGUUUAAAAUUAAUAAUAUUCCUCAUGUUACAGUGUACGAACAUCUCUAAAUUAAUUAAGAUAAUGUUGAAUUUUAAUUGUUCUCUAUCUAG